AAUAUCAUGACAGAAUCCGACCUAAUUGCUGAAGGAUCAGUUUCAGGUUUUAUUACCAGAAAAAAUUAUAAUAGGUGUAAAAGAUUACACUCUAUAAUAGCGUUAUCGCUGCAAAUAUUUCACUUUAAUUCUUUUAUGUUAAACACAAAUUUCACUGUUGAAGAUACCGUAAUUGAUUAUCUUACUGUCUUGUCGCAACUGGAAUAUAACUCGCCUCAAAUACAGCACCCUGAAACACAAAAUCUUCUCCACUUAUAUGAUCAAUAUACAGCAGAAACAUUACAAGGCAGGCACGGCAAAACGGCCCAAUUUUAUGCUAUGUAUAUUGAUUUCAUUAAUCUUUACCAUUUAUUUAUCAGAAGUAUAAGAAUUGGAGACUUAGACCUGUACAUUUAUGUUCUUGGGAAAAUAGUGAAUUUAUUUUUCUAUUUUAAUCAGCAAAAUUACAGCCGGUGGCUAGUGUUUUAUUUAAAUCAACUUCAACACAUCAGCGAUACACAUCCUGGCCUGCGAGAGGAAAUUGCUAAAGGAUCGUUUGGUAUUAGGAGAACCCAAAAACCUUUCUCGCGGAUCCCAGUUGAUUUAACGUUGGAGCAAACUAUAAAUGGUGAAGCAGCACGUCGGCUCACAGGAAUCGUGAAUCUCACAAAUUCUAUUUCUGCCAGACAACGUUGGGCACGAAAUCACGGAGCUCGAACUAAAAUUAUUUCGCACGUUUUAAAACGUGCAGGGAUGAGUAACAAUAGGGAAGACGUCGCCGCAGAUCUACAUCCAGAUAGACUUAAAGAACAUGAAAAACAAAUCGAAGCUUUCAUGCUUAGCAUCGAGCAGACCACAAAUCCAUUCACUUUCUCGAUAGAUAAAGAUCACCUGUACCAAUAUCUCUACUGGCCAGGCUACUACCCCACAAAUUGCUAAUUGCUUGCUAAACGCUGUUUCGCCUGGAAUGUUUCUUCGCGAUCAGUUUAUAACGGAAUGUAAUAUGAAUCCGGAUAGAUUUCACAAAUCUCUAAAGAAAAAUCCGAUACUUAUUUUUGCAAGUUUAAAGAAGAAGAAAAUUAUGAAGAUUGGACAAAAAGUUCAUGAGGUCAAACUGCAGCGGGAUUUAUUCGGUAGAUUAUUAGCUCUGUCUCUGAUUACUAACUUGGAUCUUGAAAAAGUACUGUGUUUUCCAAUAACACCAGUCCCGUUAUCGCUAUGUCAUAUAGAUGGUUCUUUUAAUAAGACUACAAAAUUAGUCCUAGUUCAAGAACUCGAAAAAAAAAAUUGAAAAAAUGGAUCAACCGCCACUUCAGAUAGACUGUGUAAUUGUAGAUGGAUUCUUCUUUUUAAACACCUUCCAACAAAUGCCACGCAAUUUUAGAGACUUAUCAAAGAAAAUUUUACAAACACUUGUAAAAUAUUCAGCAGAUAGUGUAGCCAUUAUAUUUGAUCGUUACUUCAUACCUUCGAUCAAAGAUUGUGAACAUGCUCUCCGACGCAAUGUAGAUGACAAAGAUUUUUAUAUUGCUGGUCCUCAACAAAGUAGAACUUCUGAUUUCGCUAAAGAUUUAAAAAACAUAAAGUUUAAAGAAGCAUUAGUAAAAUUUUUAAUCGAGCAUUGGGCUGACCAGGAGAUGAAAUCGAUAAGUGGUAACAAGAAAAUAUUCCUAAUUCAUGAUUUGUGUUACGUAUACUCUGUUGAUAAUAAAGUAUCACGCAUGAUUGAUCAUGGACUAUCAUGUCCCGUUCAUGAAGAAGCGGAUACGAAAGCUGUAUUUUUUGCUUGUCAAAUGAAAGAAGACUCUACUGUUACCAUUAGGACUUCCGAUACAGACAUCAUUGUUAUUAUGUUAGCCAAUAUGGAACAUAUGAAGUCUUCGGUAAAAGUCUGGUUUGAUCUCGGAGUAGGUAAUGCAUGCCGAUAUAUCGACAUUUCCACUCUUUUUGAGAAAUAAGGCCCACUUGUGUCACAGGCACUACCAGCUCUGCAUGUACUGACGGGAUGUGAUUACAACCCAGCUUCUUACAGGCGAGGAAAAAAAAGACCUUUUGAUAUUUUAAUGGGAUCUAUAACUUUGCAAAAACGCAUUUGCAAAUUUGGGUUCUACAGAUUAUGAUAUUGAAGCAUUAUUUCCUACUGUAGAAUCUUUCAUCUGUCAUUUGUACGGAUUAAAAAAGCUAUCUGAUGUCAAUGGUGCUAGAAUGGAAAUUUUUCAUAAAACCUACAAGGUAACUGAUACGUCUCAACCCUUCUCAUUAAAUGUGCGUAACUAUGACGCUUGUAACUUACCACCCUGCCGGUCAGAGCUACAACAACAUUUACUGCGAACGAAAUAUAUUGCGUGUUUGUGGAGGAACGCGCACAAUCGUAUUCUCACGGAGUUGUCGCCAACAGAUUACGGAUGGAAAAACGUGGAUGGAAAGUUGGAGCCGACGUGGUUUGUUGGAAACCAACUUCCUGAAGCGUACGAGGACAUCGUCAUAACACCUAAUAUUUUAGGAGAUACUUCUGAUGCAGAAAUGCAAAAUUUCGAGGAAGCUCAAGAAGUGGAAACCAACUUCGACGAUGACUCGAAUGACGAAAAUUGACAUAUUUUUUUGUAUUUUAUGUUUUCUAUUUUCAUAUUAAUAAAUUAUUAAAUUUUCUAUACAUAUAUAUGUAAACAGAAUUCUUCCACUUUUAAAUCGUCAGAUUAACGAUAUGCCUCUAUAUAAUUGUCAGAUUAUCUUUUGGGAAGACUCUGACAUCAAGUUCAUCCCACUGUAUAAAAAUCUGACGCGCUCGAGUAUCUCAAGGUCACCUUUUUUUUUUACAAGUUUUAAAAUCAAUAAAUGACCUUUGUCCACGUCGAAAUUGUCAGAAUAUUAAAUGGUACACUUUUUAGAGGUUCAUUAACAUUCGCUUAGAAAAUCUGACGCGCUCGAGUAACUUAUUUUUUUUUUUUUUUUUAACCUGUCAUUACGGCCUUCAACCCUGACUUGAUUGUCAGAUUAAUAUAUAUCGACUAUCAGAAAUACAAUGCGCGUAUAUACCAUAAAUUACUGACGCGCUCGAGUAUUUUCAUGUGACUGUUUUUUUUUACAUUUUUGACACCAAUUUCCCGCUCUUAUCCCCACUAAAAUGGAAAACUUCACAUAGACUUUCUUUUUUUUUUAAUGUUAUCUUGACAAUCUAGUAAGUCUCCAUGACGCUCCAGUAACUGCAAAUUUAGCA